AUGGAUGAUGCCUGGAACUUCAAGGUAGCUUUUCCGUUUGACUCGGUCUUCCUUAGAUUGGAUUCCGUUCCGUCAGGCUCGUCGAGAUCACUAUCGAUCUCAAUUGGUCUAUUUAUUCCGAUGGCGUGGAACUUUAACAGCCUUCAGCUGAGAGACAUCAUCACAUGGGUCCGGACCCCAAGCGUCUAUAGCUCUGAGAGUACUGUUUGCCCAGUUGAGCUGUUGAUGUAUCAGACUUUUACCUUCUGGCUUCCCUUUGGUCAUCCCAUGGAUAGGUUGGUAUGUCCGCCCCUACCAGCUCCAAGACUGACUUCGGAUAUUUGGAUCGAAAUGGAAUUCCCGAAAACCAGGGCUGGAUUCUUAGACUUGUUCUGCUUCGAUAGAGGCGCUCUAACUGCCCUUUCUUUCGCGCUUGGUAAGCGCUUCGCUGUAGCCAAGCUUCGACCGCGACUGCUCGUCGCUUCUGGCCGCCUUAUUCCGUCACCCGAGAUCCAAGUCAGCACCGGAAAAGAUCUCUUGAUUCCUCGCGGCCGGGCCGGCUUGGAAGCAAGCUACCUCUUGCCUAUCUCACCCCCUUUCUUCUUAUUAGUCGACCCCAUGGCAGCAAGAAAAGGCGAUCUUGUGCUAUACUCCGGUGAUCUCUUUCCUACCGAGACACGCAAACUCCCAUCGUGUCCCAGAUCACAUUCCGUGAAUCGAAAGAGGAAGCCUACUCAUCUAUCAGCUCCUCUCGUAGAUCGGUGCGGUUUUACGAAGCGUCUAAGCACAGUUCACUCACGUUGA